UUUUUGUUGCCUUCUCUCUCGUCAAUUGUGCAGCAGUUGGAGUCGUAGUGGUGGUCGCAACUUCAUUGCCAAUGCUGCUGCCUGUGGGAGCCCUUUCCAUUUAUUUGUUUUUUUAAAUUGAAUUUUAAAGAAAAAUAAAUUUCUUUCUUUCGUAUCAAAAUUUUAUUUAAAACCCACCUAAAUUUUUACCGCUCAUUCACGUCUUUAGAAGAGUAGAGUUUUGACGUUUGUUUUUUUCCCAUGUAGACCUUUUUCUUUUCGCUACCUUCCCUGUCUCUUCUCUCUUUCUUGCUGUUACAUAUGGACCCGGGUCUCGGGUCAUUUUUCCUCGGGUUCGCCAUCAAGUUUGCUGCUUUUUUUUUUUUUAAACCUAACUAUAAAAUCAAAAAAUAUUUUAUUUGUUGUCCUGUAUUUUCAUUUUUCUCUUUCUAACUCUCCUUUUUUCUCUAUACCCUUCUAGUUAGAAAAUCAGUAACUCAGAACUCUCCAAAUUCCAGCGCUGUUAUUUACCACCGUCAGCCACCACGCUUACCGUCGGUCGCCGCCCAAUCUUUUUCUCUUAUCACUAGCCCUUGUUUUGGACAUCCACUUUACAGUUUUGGUCUCCAUUUCUCCAAAAAAAAGAAAAAAAAAAACUAGAUAUUUCUAAAUUUACAACUUAAGCCCGAAACUUAAAGGCCGGCCGUCGUCUACCGUUGGAUCAUCCCUAAAUUUCAGUAUGUUUUUCUUCUACGAUUAAACUUUGUUUUCAUCGUAGGUAUCUUUUUAAAAAAUAAAAUCCUCAAGCCGAAUAUGCGAAUCUUUUCUUUUUUGGUGUUUGUUUUUUCUUGUUUUGAUUUUGUUGGUGAGUGUGGUAUAUUCUUAAGGGGAGUGUCUUUGUAGUUGUGCAAGGGUCGAUGUAAGAAGUAAAUGAUGAUUGCUUUGUUGUUAUAGACACAAAUAUGGAACAAGGUUUGGUUAUGGAAGUGGAGAUCAGAUCCAUGACUUAGGAUGGUUGUUUUAACCUGUUAGUUUAGAGUAAAAAACAAGUUAGACAUCUACAUAUUUUCCAUGCAUUUUUUUACUAACCAAACAGAGAUUAGUUGUAGUUUCUCUGCUUUUAACAUCUCUUGGUAGUUGGAUCUAAAAGCUUCAUUUUUCAUAUUUUCAUGCUUUUUCUGGAAUCAAAGUUGGCAGAUCUGAAAGCUUAAAGGGAGUCAGUCUGUUUACGCUUCUCACUUAAAAAAACUGGUGUUUUUCUUGGGUCUCUUUGUUUGUUUCCAAAGAUGAUGCCCCGUCCUCCACCUGAAGAUUUCGCCCUCAAAGAGACCAAUCCCCACCUUGGUGGUGGAAAGGUCAGUGGUGACAAGCUUACUAGUACUUAUGACUUGGUAGAGCAGAUGCAAUACUUGUAUGUACGGGUUGUAAAGGCGAAGGAUUUGCCAGGGAAAGAUGUUACAGGUAGUUGCGAUCCUUAUGUUGAGGUUAAGCUUGGAAACUACUUGGGUAAAACUCGCUUUUUUGAGAAAAAGUCGAAUCCUGAGUGGAAUCAGGUGUUUGCAUUUUCGAAAGAUAGGCUUCAGGCUUCAUUGCUUGAGGUUACAGUUAAAGACAAGGAUUUUGUGAAGGAUGACUUCAUUGGGAAGGUUUUCUUUGAUCUCAAUGAGAUUCCCAAAAGGGUUCCACCAGAUAGUCCACUGGCACCGCAGUGGUAUAGGUUGGAGGAUAGGCAGGGAAAUAAGGUUAAGGGGGAGUUGAUGUUGGCUGUUUGGAUGGGAACUCAAGCUGAUGAAGCAUUUCCUGAAGCGUGGCAUUCUGAUGCUGCUUUUGUUAGCGGAGCUGAUGGUCUGGCCAAUAUUCGAUCUAAAGUGUAUCUCUCUCCAAAGCUUUGGUAUUUGAGGGUCAAUGUGAUUGAGGCUCAGGAUUUGCAGCCAGGUGACAAGGGUCGGUAUCCUGAAGUUUUUGUGAAGGCUAUUUUGGGAAAUCAGGCUUUAAGGACUAGGAUUUCUCAGGCCAGGGGUAUUAAUCCAAUGUGGAAUGAGGAUCUAAUGUUCGUGGCAGCAGAACCUUUUGAGGAGCCUCUAAUUUUGAGUGUAGAAGACAGGGUUGCUCCUAAUAAGGAUGAAGUUUUGGGUAAGUGUGCAAUUCCUUUACAAUAUGUAGACAGGAGGCUUGAUCAUAAACCUGUGAAUAGUAGGUGGUUUAAUCUUGAGAAGCAUGUUAUUAUAGAAGGAGAGAAGAAGAAAGAGACCAAGUUUGCUAGCAGAAUUCAUAUGAGGAUUUGUUUGGAAGGUGGCUAUCAUGUUCUGGAUGAGUCUACCCAUUACAGUAGUGAUCUUAGGCCAACUGCAAAACAGUUGUGGAAGUCUAGCAUCGGGGUUCUGGAAUUGGGGAUUCUUAAUGCACAUGGCCUAAUGCCAAUGAAGAAUAAAGACGGAAGAGGGACGACUGAUGCUUAUUGUGUUGCAAAAUAUGGUCAAAAAUGGGUACGAACAAGGACAAUCAUCGAUAGCUUUGCACCCAAGUGGAAUGAACAGUAUACAUGGGAGGUUUUCGAUCCUUGUACUGUCAUAACUAUUGGGGUGUUUGAUAAUUGCCAUUUACAUGGAGGAGAUAAGGCUGCAGGAGCAAAGGAUACUAAGAUCGGGAAGGUGAGAAUUCGACUCUCCACUCUUGAAACUGAUCGGGUUUAUACUCACUCAUAUCCACUUCUGGUGCUACAUCCAAACGGGGUAAAAAAGAUGGGUGAAAUUCACUUGGCUGUGAGGUUCUCAUGCUCUUCCUUGCUUAAUAUGAUGCAUAUGUACUCACAUCCUCUCUUGCCAAAAAUGCAUUACCUUCAUCCAUUGACUGUUAGCCAGCUCGAUAGCUUGAGGCACCAGGCCACACAGAUUGUGUCAAUGAGGCUAGGACGAGCAGAGCCACCAUUGAGAAAAGAGGUGGUGGAGUAUAUGCUAGAUGUUGGUUCUCACAUGUGGAGCAUGAGGAGAAGCAAAGCCAACUUUUUCAGAAUUAUGAAUGUUUUGGGUGGGUUAAUUGCUGUUGGAAAAUGGUUUGAUCAGAUAUGUAAUUGGAAAAGCCCAAUUACAACAGUAUUGAUUCACAUCUUGUUUAUCAUACUGGUCCUCUAUCCAGAGCUUAUUUUGCCUACAAUUUUCCUCUACCUGUUCUUGAUUGGGGUUUGGUAUUAUAGAUGGCGACCAAGACAUCCUCCUCACAUGGACACACGCCUUUCUCAUGCAGAUUCGGCACAUCCUGAUGAACUGGAUGAAGAGUUUGACACAUUUCCUACUUCCCGCCCAUCAGAUAUUGUCAGGAUGAGAUAUGAUCGACUGAGAAGUAUUGCUGGGAGAAUUCAGACAGUGGUUGGUGAUUUAGCCACACAGGGUGAGAGGCUGCAAUCUCUUUUAAGCUGGAGAGACCCAAGAGCCACCGCUUUAUUUGUAAUUUUCUGUCUGGUUGCUGCUAUAGUUUUGUAUGUCACACCUUUCCAGGUUGUGGCUCUUCUAGCAGGAUUUUACAUUUUGAGGCAUCCAAGGUUCCGCCAUAAGCUUCCUUCAGUGCCUCUCAAUUUCUUCAGGAGGUUGCCUGCAAGAACUGAUUCCAUGCUAUGAACAAGAAUGAUAUCAUGUGCAGUUUCCCGGAGGUGGUAUGGAGUUGGGAUUUUCCCCAUGUUGAUUCAGAAAAGAAGAUUGAGAAACAAAAGGAGCUUGUUUCUCCUCUAAUGUUCAGCAACAGGUGUUGUGUUCUGGAAUGAUGUGUAACCUUCCCCUGAAGGUAGUAGAUUUUGUGGAUUUGUGUUCAUUUAUGUUAUCUAUAUGAUUUCUGUUUUAAAACUGAGUUUAUCGUGAUUAAUCAAUGUUCAUUGUAAUUUUUUAGGUUGUGAUUGGAAUCUAGGCAAUGCUAAAA